AUGCAUCUCUUCAUGGAAAUCUUUUUUGUUCUUCUCAUAGGGAGUAUCGCAGCUCAAUGGGCGAUCAGCCCUUUGAGAAUACACACAUUGCUACCCCAUUUGUCGUCCGAAUCGUCAAUCAACAAAGAGGCCGACUGCACCGGUUGCGUGCAAAAUAAAGUCAAUGUGAUUGAUUCUGACCCGUUGUUGACCGAGUUGAGAGUGGAGUAUGUGAAGCAGCAGAUUCUGAAGAAGUUGCGACUGUCAAAACCGCCCGAAGUCUCGAUGCCACUGUCGACCUUGCCUAAACCUUUAAUCAAUGGCAAUGUGCUUCGAUCCAAUUUAGAAAGACCGGCAGAGAACUUCUACGGGAAAACCAACCAAGUCGUUGUGUUUCCAAAUGAAGGUGUACCCGAUUCGACGAAAUAUCAUCAGAGCUCGAAUCACAUAACAGGAUUCAAUCCAGCGGUCUGUUUCACGUUCUACUUGCCGAACGAGAUGCUGUACGUCGACGUGACUUCGGCAGAGCUUUGGUUCUACAAGGAACAGGUCGAAAACAUCGAUGAGCUCAAGCAAACAUUUGUGCUAUCCGAACUCGAUCACUGGGAUCAGGGUGGCAGAUUCGAAAAGAACACCUUUAUGGCAAUCUUUGAGACCGAUAUCAAAGAAGGUUGGGUAAAGACAGAUAUGAAGUUUAUGGUAAAGAAAUGGAUAGCUCGACGUCGAUUGAACCAUUCCAUUCAGAUAGCCUGCACAACCUGUUCGACCGAUCACGAUAAAGCGCCUGUGUCCAUUGAACAGACUCUGAAGCCGUUUCUAGUAAUCCACACGGAGCCGUUGCCGCAGCGGAACAGGCCCAAGAGGCACUCGAAUUGCCUACCCGAGAUGACGGAGUGCUGUCGGGACGAGCUCUACAUUAAUUUUAGAGAUAUCGGCUGGAGCGACUGGAUCUUACACCCCACCGGAUAUCACGCGUAUUUCUGCCGAGGAUCCUGCUCCACGGCCGCAUCUUUAACCAUCAGCGGUUCCCAAUACAACAACGUUAUCAUGAAAUUGUUAACUAAGGAUGGAGGACAACAAAAGAACAAGAUAGUGCCAUGCUGCUCGCCAACGCAACUCGCCCCGCUCCAGCUACUUUACAUUGAUACGAACAACACGAUCACACAGAAAACAUUGCCAAACAUGGUAGUGGAAGCUUGUGGUUGCAUGUGAUACCGUUGCCCCGAAGGGCAGAGGGUGAGUAGAAUCACAACCGUUGGUGAUGCCAAGAAGACGAGAAUCAACAUCUAUGUCAUCUCGUCCGAGACUUUUGCUCGUUAAUUGUUGUAAAACUGAACUUGGUUGAAUGCUCACAAAAUCCGUUCAUCUUGAUAUGAACAUGAAGAAAUCAAUGAAAACGAAGCAAUGAUCGCUGCUUCGAGAUAGGUGAUUAAA